CAUCAACAGUACCAGAACUGAUACGUACACGUACUUUCUAUUCAACCCUUGGUGGUAUUAUUGUUAUAUUAAUAUUUUUAUGAAAAUUAAUAUUAUCACACACUCUAUAGAAACAUACACACAAUCACACACCGUACACACUCUCUCUUUGAUCUAUCUACAUGAACUUUACCUGUUCUGGAGGAGUUAACUAGAGGACGGAGGAUCUGGUGAUACUAACCCAGUGGAGAAGAUCUGGUGAGUUCAGCCUGUAGAAGAUCAGCGGUGGAGAUGAGGAGUGGGUGAGAUGGAGAACCGUCAGAACCGUCCACGACUCAGCCCAAUAGAGCCGGGCUCGCUUCGGUACUGCCUCCUCCUCCUGCUGCUGCUGCUGCUUCUCACCGCGCUGGAGAUCAGGACCGGAGAAGCCCAGGCAGUUUGUCCCGGCACUGACAACAAGCUCAGCACCCUGUCGGAUCUGGACCAGCAGUACCACACUCUGCGCAAGUUCUACGAGAACUGUGAGGUGGUGAUGGGUAAUCUGGAGAUCACCAGCAUCGAACGGAACCGCAACCUCAACUUCCUCAAGUCGAUCAGAGAGGUGACCGGCUACGUUCUGGUGGCUCUGAAUCAGUUUGAUUAUCUUCCUCUGGAGAAUCUGAGAAUCAUCCGCGGCACCAAACUCUACGAAGGUCGAUACGCUCUGGCCAUCUUCCUCAACUACAGACGAGACGGAUACUUCGGCCUCCGGCAGCUCGGCCUCAAGAACCUCACCGAAAUUCUGAAUGGUGGGGUUUACGUGGAUCAGAAUAAGUUCCUGUGUCAUGCGGACACCAUCCACUGGCAGGACAUCGUAUAUAACCCUCGAGCUGAACUGCUGGUGGUCCCGUCCAACAACAGCGGAAACUCAUGUCGGAGAUGUCACCGGUCCUGUAACGGACGCUGUUGGGGUCACCAAGAGGAUCAGUGCCAAAGCUUAACGAAGAUGGUGUGUGCUGAGCAGUGUGACGGGCGCUGUUUCGGCCCGUACGUCAGUGACUGCUGCCACAGGGAGUGUGCCGGGGGAUGCUCCGGACCCAAAGACACCGACUGCUUUGCUUGCACCAACUUCAACGACAGCGGCGCUUGUGUUACUCAGUGUCCUCAACCUUUCGUCUACAACCCGACCACCUUCCAGCUGGAGCACAACCCUAAAGCCAAGUACACCUACGGAGCUUUCUGCGUCAAGAAGUGCCCACAUAACUUUGUGGUGGACCAGAGCUCCUGUGUUCGAGCCUGCCCCAGCAACAAGAUGGAGGUAGAAGAGAACCAGGUCAAAAUGUGCAUCCCCUGCACUGAUAUCUGCCCUAAAGUGUGUGAUGGAAUAGGAACAGGAAGUUUACAGAUGGCUCAGACCGUGGACUCCAGCAACAUCCACAAGUUCGUCAACUGCACCAAGAUCAACGGCAACCUGAUCUUCCUCAUCACCGGGAUCAAAGGAGACAUGUACCACGGAAUCGCAGCUCUGGACCCGGAGCGCCUGAACGUCUUCAGAACCGUCAGAGAGAUCACAGGCUUCUUGAACAUCCAGUCGUGGCCGGAGAACAUGACCAACUUCGGGGUCUUUUCCAACCUUGCGACCAUCGGGGGGAGAUCACUGUACAGUGGAAUUUCGCUGUUGAUCUUGAAGCUCCGCUGGAUCAUCUCCCUCCAGUUCCAGUCCCUGCAGGAGAUCAGCGCCGGCAACGUCUACAUCACCAACAACAGCCAGCUGUGCUACUACAACACCGUCAACUGGACCGGGCUGUUCCGCACUCGCGGCCAGAGAGCCGUCAUCAAGAGCAACAAGGACCUGCGAGAGUGCUCUCAGCUGCAGAUGGUGUGUGAUAAGCUGUGUUCUGAAGAAGGAUGCUGGGGUUCUGGUCCAGAUCAGUGCCUGUCCUGCAAGUUCUACAGCCGGGGGAAAACCUGUGUGAAGUCCUGUAACCUCUACAGUGGAGAUGUUCGGGAGUUUGCUAACGGUUCAGUGUGUGUGGAGUGUGACGGCCAGUGUGAGAAGACUGGAGACAGAACCGUGACCUGCCACGGCCCGGGUCCAGAUCAGUGUACGAAGUGUCUCCAUCUGAAGGACGGUCCAAACUGUGUGGAGAAAUGUCCUGACGGGCUUCAGGGAGCCACCAGCUUCAUCUUCAAAUACGCCGAAUCCAACAACGAGUGCCACCCCUGCCACCCCAACUGCACCCAGGGAUGCACUGGACCCCGCAUUCAAGACUGCAUUGGACUACUGGACAGGACCCCUCUGAUAGUCGCCGGGACGAUCGGUGGGCUGUUCGUGGUGGUCAUCAUAGCGCUGGGGUUUGCCAUUUUUGCCCGCCGCAAAAGCAUCAAGAAGAAAAGGUGUCUGCGGCGCUUCCUGGAGACCGAGUUGGUGGAGCCUCUAACUCCCAGUGGAACGGCACCCAAUCAGGCUCAGCUGAGGAUCCUGAAGGAGACGGAGCUGAAGAGGGUGAAGAUUCUGGGAACUGGAGCUUUUGGAACUGUGUAUAAGGGUAUCUGGGUUCCAGAGGGGGAGAGCGUGAAGAUCCCAGUGGCCGUAAAGAUCCUGGGUGAAACUACAGGACCCAAAGCCAGCGUGGAGUUUAUGGACGAGGCGCUGAUCAUGGCCAGCAUGGAGCACCCUCACCUGGUGCGUCUGCUGGGGGUGUGUCUGAGCCCCACCAUCCAGCUGGUGACCCAGCUGAUGCCCCACGGCUGCCUGCUGGACUACGUCCACGAACACAAGGACAACAUCGGCUCCCAGCUGCUGCUCAACUGGUGUGUUCAGAUCGCAAAGGGGAUGAUGUACUUGGAGGAGAGACGGCUGGUCCACAGGGACUUGGCAGCCCGUAAUGUUUUGGUCAAAUCCCCCAACCACAUCAAGAUCACUGACUUCGGCUUGGCUCGCCUGCUGGACACUAAUGAGAAAGAGUACAACGCUGAUGGAGGGAAGAUGGCCAUUAAGUGGAUGGCACUGGAGUGCAUUCACUACAGAAAGUUCACCCACCAGAGUGACGUCUGGAGCUAUGGAGUAACCAUCUGGGAGUUGAUGACAUUUGGAGGGAAGCCAUAUGAUGGAAUUCCUCCCUGCGAGAUUCCGGAAAUCCUGGAGAAAGGAGAACGUCUGCCUCAGCCGCCCAUUUGCACCAUAGACGUCUACAUGGUCAUGGUUAAAUGUUGGAUGAUCGAUGCUGACAGCAGACCCAGGUUUAAAGAGCUGGUGGCAGAAUUCUGCAGGAUGGCCAGAGACCCUCAGCGGUACCUCGUCAUCCAGGGGGACGACUGCAUGAAGCUGCCCAGUCCAAACCACAGCAAAUUCUUCCAGAGUCUUCAGGACGAGGACGACCUGAGGGACCUGAUGGACAUUGAGGAGUAUCUGGUACCUCACCCAUCCCGAGCUCAACCCGACUCUAAACAGGGUCAGUGCUGUCAUCAUGAAGGGGUUUUCAGCCCUCAGGAAGUUUCUGGGCUCCAUUCCCGCCUGGCCUCCUCCUCCAGCUCCACCUCAGCAGGGACCCAGCGGGGGUCUCUGGUCCCUCAGGAGGAGAAGCUCUGUAAUGGGAGUCUGAAGAUGCAGAGCGGCGCUGGCUUUGCGGAGGACGUUAGCGCUCAGCGCUACAGCGCCAACCCCACCGUGUUCCUGCCACAGAUAACACAGAGGGGGGGCACUGAUAAGGACGGAUACAUGGCCCCCCGCAAAGAUAAAAGUUCCUCAGAUCGACUGAAUCCAGUUGAGGAGAAUCCCUUCGUCACUCGACGAACAAACGGCGAAAUUCACGCGCUGGACAACCCAGGUUACCACAGUACCCCUGAUGGACACCCUAAGAUUGACGAGCCGUAUUUUAACGAACCCCUUUACCUCAACACAUUCCACAACAAAGCCAACGUCAACCAAGCAGCACUGAAGAAGAAUUCAGUGGGAGGAGUUUCCAGCCCACUGGAGAUGGGAACUACCACAACCAGCACAUCCACCAGCAGCCACGUGCCGCUCACCACCACCCAAUCCAUGAGAGUCCAUCACCACAGCCAGGGAGCACAUGUACACUUCGCAGUUCCACCAGUCCAACCUCCUCAAAGUGGACUGUUGAGUCAAAACGGCCACAGCCACGCCCACUUAGCCCAAACCAUCCACACUAAACAUCCCGGCAAAUCCCAGCAAGGCCAUCAUUCUCCUCACCAUUCCAGUCAGAUCUGCCACCUCAACCAGCAGCUCCAACCCAGCCUCGCGGAUCAGCAGGUCCACCUGGCGAAGUCCCUCGUCUCUGGUAAAAGCAGUCUCCCAGGUCACCCCGCCCACUCAGGCAGCGUAUCCCAACCAGGUCCAACUGGAACCAUCAUGCUCAGCAAGAAGUACUGGAAGACCUUCGACAACCCCGAGUACUGGCAGCACAGCCUCCCCCUCAAAGCCUCCUCCCAGGAGAACCCUCUCAAAGACUCGUCUCAGAGCUGCAACGCUACCAGCCUCUACAAACAAACCCUCUACAAGCAGAACGGCCGCGUACGCUCCACCGUGGUCGACAACCCGGAGUACCUGUCCGAGCUGGAGGCCAUGAAGCCCGGCCAAGUUCUUCCACCACCUCCAUACCGGCAGAGGAACACUGUAGUCUAACAUCCCGGUCUACGUAUUCAACAGAGCCUGAUUCUUCAACCAGCACCUUAACCCUCCAUCCUUUCCUAUCACACAUUCACGUACGCACCGAAAUGGACAAACCCAACCUGGCCAAUCGGCCAGUUUUCCACUGCAGGAACAGAUGGUUAAUACAGCCAUGCCGUACCUUUCUUCACAACUGGUUACAAUUUCUUCUUCCAUUUGCUAAAUAAUAAAAUAAUCCUUAAAUAAACACAAAUAAACCAAUAAAUAAAAACAAAAAGCCCAAGCAACACAGCCUCCCAACCUCCCACAAAGCAAGGAAGCAAGGAAGAGUGAGUUAGAGGAAGGUAGAGUGAAACAGAGCAAGGUAGAACAAAGUAUAGCAAGGUAGAGUGAGGCUGAGAUGAGGUAGAGUGAGACAGAGCGAGGCAUAGUGAAGGUAUAUUGAGAUAGAGUGAGACAGAGGUAUAGAGUAAGGUGGAUUAGUAUAGCAUGAGGGUAUAGUGAGGCAUAGUAUUGUAGAGCAAGGUGGAUGAUAGAGUGAUGUAGAGUAAGGUAGAGUAUAAUAGAGUGAGGUAGAGGGAAGUUGGAGUGUGGUGGAGUAUGAUAGAGUGAGGUAGAGUGAAGGUAGAGUAUGAUAGUGUAGGGGUAGAGUGAGGUAGGGUAUAAUAGAGUGAGGGUCCAUUGAGGUAGAGUGAGGUAGCGCAUGAUAGAGUGAGGAAGAGUGAAGGUAGUGAGGUGGAGAAUGGUAGAUUGAAGGUAGAGUGAGGUAGAGUAUGAUAGAGUGAGGUAGGGUAAAGGUAGAGUGAGAUGGAGUAUGAUAGGGUAAGAUAGAGUGAAGUAGAGUAUGAUAGUGAUGUAGAGCGAAGAUGGAGUGAGGUAGAGGGAGAUGCAGAGCAAUAUAGAUUAUGGAACAUUACCUCCCUCUAUAUUCUUCUGCCUCCUUCUACCUCACCUCGAUUUAAAGUAUGAUAGAGUGAGGGAGAGCAUAAUAGAGUGAGGAUAGAGUGUGGUAAAGUAUGGUAGAGUGAGGUAGAGUAUGAUAGAGUAAGAGUAGCAUAUGAUAGAGUGAGGUAGAGCAUAAUGGAGUGAGGAUAGAGUGUGGUACAGUAUGGUAGAGUGAGGUAGAGUAUGAUAGAGUGAGAUAGAGCAUAAUGGAGUGAGGAUAGAGUGUGGUAGAGUAUGGUAGAGUGAGGUAGAGCAUAAUGGAGUGAGGAUAGAGUGUUGUAGAGUAUGGUAGAGUGAGGUAGAGUAUGAUAGAGUGAGGUAGAGUAUGAUAGAGUGAGAUAGAGCAUAAUGGAGUGAGGAUAGAGUGUGGUAGAGUAUGGUAGAGUGAGGUAGAGCAUAAUGGAGUGAGGAUAGAGUGUGGUAGAGUAUGAUAGAGUGAGAUAGAGCAUAAUGGAGUGAGGAUAGAGUGUGGUAGAGUAUGGUAGAGUGAGGUAGAGUAUGAUAGAGUGAGGUAGAGCAUAAUGGAGUGAGGAUAGAGUGUGGUAGAGUAUGAUAGAGUGAGAUAGAGCAUAAUGGAGUGAGGAUAGAGUGUGGUAGAGUAUGGUAGAGUGAGGUAGAGCAUAACGGAGUGAGGAUAGAGUGUGGUAGAGUAUGAUGGAGUGAGGUAGAGUAUGAUAGAGUAAGGUAGAGUAUAAUAGAGUGAGCUAGAGAAUGAUAGAGUGAGAUAGAGUAUGAUAGAGUGAGGUAGAGUAUGAUAAAGUGAGGUAGAGUAUGAUAGAGUGAGGUAGAGUAUGAUAGAGUGAGGUAGAGUGAGGUAGAGUAUGAUAAAGUGAGGUAGAGUAUGAUAGAGUGAGGUAGAUGCCCACAGUGAACACUCACACAAAAUUAUUUCUUAUCCUGGAAAUAUAAAGACCCACAUAGGUGCAGCAAGUGUGGAACCAAUCAGUGGAUCCCUAUUUUUCAAAGUCCUUUCACUGAUUGGCUGAGCCUGGUUUGUAUGUGUUCCAUACCUAUGAGCAUUCCAAAUCUGCAAAUCUCUUUCCUAACAUUUCUGCACAGGAAAGCCACUAGGACCUUCAGCUCCUCAGAACCUCAAAACCAUCCCACCCUGCAGUGGUGAAGAGUGGAAUACCUGUUUAACUAAGUGCCUCAACACUUCAUUCCAAGGAUACCGUUCUCCUCCUGCCUUUUCCUGGAUGUUCUGUACGUUCUGGACAUUUGACUCCCGUUUUCAUCACUCUGAUCCAUCUGGAUUAAGAUUUCCCUCAUUUUAUCCAAAAGUUUUUUAUGAUACAAACCAUACAGCAGAUGUGAACAUGGUAAAUGGAUUAUAACCCAACGUGAUCCUGAAGCCACAGCAGGUACAACACUUCUUACAUUUUUCAAAGACUUCAAAGAUCUUGCUCGCUCACAUUUUCCAAACAGGACGUUGGUAUAAUAUGGAUUUUAUACUCAUUUUUCACUUUCUCCUUCUCACAACACCUCCUGCAUUGUAGAUGCUGUGAUGUACAUACAGUAUAAGGACUUCUGUGAUGUUAAAUCCACUCAGUUUUGAAUAUUUUUAUAUAUACCCACACCUGGCACCUGGUUCGAUUCAUCCACUCUUUACUGUCGGACUUUUGCACAGAUCAUUUCACAGAUCUGGGGUUUCAUACUGGGCUGUACAACAAAUCAUAUUUUAUUGUUAUCUCGAUAUUCUCGAGUUUUCAUCAUUAACACGUCAAAAAAGCUGUGAUAACACCGUGUAUAACAGUGAACUCAAACUGCAUUACCCUCAUGCAUCAACAGAGGGAGCUCUUUACACUGCAGAUAAUGAUCACGUGAUGUGACGAGGCUGGAGGCAGAGUGAGGUAGACUGAGGCAGAUCGAGAUAGAAUGAGCCACUAGUGAGAGUGAGAUAUAGUGAUGUAGAGUUAGAUAAAGUGUCUUGGAGGAAGAGUUAACUAGAGGGAGGUGGAGUACGGUAGAGUGAGUUAGCACAAGAGGAAGCGUGAGGUAAAUGGAGCCACUCUGAGGUAGAGAGAGGAUAGAGUGAGGUAGAGCAAGGCAGAAUGAGGUAGAGUGAUAGUAGAUAGAGGUAACGUGUGAUAGAGUGAGGCAGAGUGAUUUAGAAUGAGGCAGAUGGAAGUAGAGAGAGGGUAUCGUGAGGCAGAAUGAGGUAGAGUGAGAGUAGAUAGAGGUUAUGUGAGGUAGAGUGAGGCAGAGUGAAGUAGACAGAGGGUAUAGUGGGGCAGAGUGAGGUAGAGCAAGGCAGAAUGAGGUAGAGGUAGAGUAGAUAGAGGAAAUGUGAGGUAGAGUAAAUUACAGUGAGAUAAAGUGAGGUAGAGCGAGACAGAUUGAAGUAGAGUGAAAGUAAAUAGUGUGGUAAUGUGUGGUAGAAUGAGAUACAAUAAGGCAGAGUGUGAUAAAGCGAGGCAGAGAGAGGCAGGGUGAGGUAGAGGCAGAUUUAGGUAAAGUGAGAGAAGAUAGAGGUAACAUGAGGUAGAGGUAGAGUGAGGUAAAGUGAAGCAGAAUGAGGUCGAUGGAGCCACUCUGAGGUAGAGAGAGGAUAGAGUGAGGUCGGGCGAGGGUAUAGUGAGCCAGAGUGAUUUAACAUGCAGGCAGAGGCAGAGUGAGGUAGAGCUAGGUAGAGAGAGGGUAUAGUGAGGCAGAGUGAAGUGUACAGCAAGGCAGGUUGAGGUAGAGUAAGAGUAGAUAGAGGUAACAUGAGGUAAAGAGACUUAGAGUGAGGAUAGAGAAAGGCAGAGUGAGGUAAAAAUGAGGUAGAGCGAUUUAGAAUUGGGCAGAGUGAGGUAGAAUGUGGGUAUGGUGAGGCAGAGUGAGGUAGAGUAAGAGUAUAGAGAGGUAAUCUGAGGUAGAGCGAGUUACAUUGAGAUUAAGUGAGGCAGAGUGAGGCAGAGGUCCACAGUGAACCUCACGCCAAACUACUUCACAUCCAGGGAGAAAUGAGUGCAGCCAAAGCCAAGUGCUGAAAAUAUACGUUUUUAAUUUGUCAGGUUUUAUAUUAAUAUCAGGAUAUAUAACAGCGUUUUCAUACAUCACAUAUGUUUAUCUGUAUGGUGGUUGUAAUUAAUGAUUAUGGGUUAAAUUCAGUUCACUCUGUUAUUGGCAGGUUUGAGAGAGAUCAGGUAUUGGCCGAUGUGUUAUUUAUAUAUAUAAUAACAAUUCAAUAAUCAGGUGAUCUCCAGUGGAGAAUCUCAGUAUUGUGAGUCGAUGCUUUUGUUCCUGUAGAUGAAUUUACUCUCUGUGAGAGUGUUUCUGUUUACUGUGGAGGGAGAGAUGAUUUACUCCACUGAUUUACAGACUGUGGGGGGAUGAAACGGUUUAAUAUAUAUAUAUAUAUUUACGUAUUUAUGUUUAUGUUGUUUUGAUCACAGGGUUUUACGUACUUGCAUGAACUGUAUUUAUCUUUUCUCAUUAAAUAAAAAUGUGAAUUGUCUGAUAUCAUUCUAAGCCAAUCAGGAACAGUGUUGGUUCAGGGGUCGACCAAUCAGAAUGAAGGAUGCAUCAAGGGUUGUUCUCGUCUAAACGAAUAAGACUGUAUUUGAUAAUGUGAUGGAAAAGAACUGUUUACAUUCUUUCUUCUUAUUUUUAUUGUUAGCAUUUUAUCUUUAAACUGGUUUCGCCAUUUGAUUUGGCUUUUUGCUGCUCGUCACUGCUGUGUCUUCUGUUUGUUGAAAAUAAAGAACAAAUAAAGUUAUUGUU